CAUCUCAUCUUCAUUCACCAUUCUUGUUCAUCUGUGAUGGGUGUCUUUGCAGAAACCAACUGUUAGGCACCUUUGUUUACCCCCAUCCCUGUAACUUGCCCCAUACCCCGGUCGCCCCGAUCGGCUACGUUUCAAGUGGACAACAAACCGCCAGCUUGACCGACUAUUUACAUAGUACGAAGGAUCGCUCUGUUAUAUCGAUUGAAAAUCUUCCGCUAUCUCGAUUCUGCCUUUGUUCCUUUGACGGCAGAACGCGUCUGUUUUAGAUUCUCACUGAGGAUCUGCUUAUCUGACAUCAUCACACCUGUUAUCAGCAUUUGCGACAUUGACCGCAACUCUCAACGAUGAAGUACAUCCCUCUUCCCGAGUUUGAGGACAUCACAAGUUCCCUCACCUUCGAUACCGCGGACUGCAAUAUAACCGGAGGAUGCGAUCUUUACAUAACGAAGGCUGCUCGAGCCGAUCGCAAACUAUACAGGAACAUUGAACAGUCCCUCGAAGCACAAUACGAAUCCGUUCUCCGUCUCUCCGCCUCUCUGUCUCCUCCUCACGCAUCGGACGCCGCGUCUUCUCUUAACCUCUCCCGCUCCAGUCCGUUCGGCCCGCUUAGCGACCAUGGGAGCCGCAGGACAUUUGCCUACCUGAUCGCAACCCUCAACGCGAGCCAUCCCGAUUAUGACUUUUCUCAUGUUCUGCGCCCAUCAGAUUUCCAUCGGGAGCGGAAUUUGAAGAAAGUCAUGAACACGAUCGACACUACUCUGUUCAACCUGCGCCCGCGUGAGAACAUGGAUCUGACGCCUCCAUCGCCAGCUACGUUAUCUGGAUCAUACAGCACGAGUGCCCCUUCUACAUGGGGGCCAAGGAUGUGGAGGAUUAUCGACGAGCACAUGUCGCUGAAGGAGUGCUCGAUUUACACCUACACCCCCGAGGAGGACCCAUCGGGCGCAGAUGACGGAGCGAUCUGGAGUCUCCACUACUUCUUCUUUAACCCGCUCCGGAAGCGCGUGUGUUAUCUCUAUUUCCGUGCAAUCCCUAUCUUGAGCCACACGCCCACCGACACCGAAGGCUUUGUUGCUACCCCAACGGGCAAACGCACAUUCGAGGAUGGCUACCUGACGCCAGACCUGAGUUCCAGCAAGCGGGCUCGCUACUGGUUGGGCGACGUUGCCGAUAUGGUUGGGCACACAAGUGACAGUGACUACGACCAGUACGUCCUUAGCGACGAGGAAUCCCGUUCAAGGUCCAGGAAGGGUGUGGUCCGGGCAAUGAGUGAAGAGAUUGCCGAUUCGAUGGAAGUCUGAGCACGUUUCCUUACUAUAAUUAGCUAUUCUUUGUUGUUGACUCUUUCCACUUACUUUUCGUCGUUUUGUUGUUGGGCUCUGCUGUUAUGUUGGUUCGUGGCGUUCACUGAUUGAUUCGUGCAUUCAACCUGCAUCUUGAGAGUUCCGGGGCGUUGGCAGA